AUAAUCUUCAUUCGAAGCUAUACAAUCAUAACCAAGCAACAUAGAUAUAAGAAUUGAGGUAUCCACUAUCAUAUAUAUGGAGUGUUACAACAUAUUUGAGGUAAUGAUGGUCCUCAUUAUAAUCCUCAAAUUAGUACUAGUAAUCUUUAAUAGAGCCUCUAAACCCACAAAAAAAAUGCCACCAGGGCCUUACCCUUAUCCUAUAAUAGGAAACAUCCUAGAACUUGGCCAAAAACCCCAUCAAUCACUCUUUAACCUUUCCAAAAUUUAUGGUCCUCUAAUGACUCUUAAGCUUGGAAGCUUAAAUGCUCUAGUAAUUUCAUCACCACAGAUAGCCAAAGAAGCAUUAACCAAACAUGACAUAGCAUUUUCCAAUAGGGAAGUCCCUGAUAUCACAAGAGCACUUGACCACCACAAAGUUUCUUUAGUGUGGUCACCAAUUUGUGAUCAUUGGAGAACACUAAGGAAACUAUGUUCUACAAACAUAUUUUCUCCUCAAAAGCUAGAAUCAACUAGCACACUUCGCCACAAAAAGGUGCGAGAAUUGGUGGAUUUUCUCAGCACUUGCUCUUCAAAAGGUGAAGCUAUUGAUAUCGGUGAGGUUGUAUUCACAACAAUAAUGAAUUCAUUGUCCAACACCCUUUUUUCCAUGGAUUUUACUCAAUAUGAAACUAGGGAUGAUGGAUUUCAAAAUUUUAAAGGGACUGUAGAGUCCAUAAUGGUAGACGCUGGGAAGGCAAAUGUGGCGGAUCUUUUUCCACUUCUUCGAUUUCUUGAUCCACAAGGCAUCCGAAAGAGGGGAGAUGAGAUUACUCAGAAGUUGUUGAAAGUUUUUGGUGAUAUUUUCGAUGAAAGAAUGCUACUAAAAACUUCAUCAAAUAAGAAUUUUGAAGUAUAUGAUGAUGUAUUGGAUUCUUUCAUUAAUAUCAUCAAAGAAAAUAGUUCCACAGAAUUAAGUCGUCAUCAUUUAUUACAUUUAUUUGUGGACUUAUUUGUUGCUGGGAUAGAAACAACAACAAGCACAAUAGAAUGGGCAAUGACAGAAUUGGUGCACAACCCUAAAAAGAUGGCUAGAGUCAAAGAGGAGCUCCUACAAGUCCUUGGCAAAGAUGGCAAGCCACAUGAAUCAAAUAUCUCUGAAUUUCACUACCUAAAUGCAAUUGUGAAGGAAACAUUUCGGUUGCACCCACCAGUUCCCUUUUUACACCACAAAUCAAAGUCUAUGGUAGAAAUAUGUGGCUUCAAAGUUCCCAAGGACACACAAGUUCUAAUUAACUUAUGGGCCAUUGGACGAAAUUCUAGCACUUGGAGUGACCCAAAUUCCUUUGUGCCAGAAAGGUUCUUAGAGUCCAAAAUGGAUGUUAAGGGUUUUGAUUUUGGGCUCAUUCCGUUUGGGGCUGGAAGGAGAAUGUGUCCAGCACUUCCACUUGCUCAUAGAACAGUGCAUUUCAUCUUGGCCUCUCUUCUACACUACUUUGAUUGGAAGAUUGUUAAUGGAAUGAAGCCUCAAGAGUUAGAUAUGAGUGAGAGGUAUGGACUUACUAUACGUAAGGCUCAACCACUCAAUCUCGUUCCAAUCCUAAUUGAAUGGAUUGGGACUGUUGAAUCCAUCCGAUAA